CAUUAGGAGGAAGAGUGGGUCUCUCCUCUCUCUCGCGUGGGAGAGCUGUUCGCCUUGCCUUGCCGCACCACCACUGGCUGGGGCCAGCACGCCACUUCCGGGAUCCGUCAUUGCGCUCGCCCACCGCUCGGUGCGCUCACUCAGUGUGUUCGGAGGACGCGAGCCGGCCGCCAAGCUGACAACACUCGCUGACACUCAUUCACUCACCAGCCAGCUACCAAGCCAGCCAGACAGACAGCCAGCCGGCAAGCACCAACCAACGGACUUAGAAAGUCAUUUCUUUUUUAUUGUUUCCAUUUUUUUUUACCCUCCUCCCUCGCCGUCCGCUUGUGCAAAAAGUCCACAGUGGGGCGAAGCAGACAUUUAAAGGAGACAGAGCGGAGAGGACUUACGGGGGGAGGACACCGGACUAUCGCGCACGGCACCCGAAAAACACAAGAAGAGAGAGAGAGGGAGUGAGAGAGAGGGAAAACUUGAACAUCAUCGCCGAGCGUCAUUCAUUCAUUACCUUGACAACCUCUGGCUUUGAUUGACAGCCGGAGUGGCAAAAAGCCAUGAUAGACGCGACAGUUGACUUUACGCGCCGCUCGUUGAUGGGCCCAUUGUAACUCUUUUUUUCCCCCCUUUAUUUUUUGAUACUUUCUGAAAAUUAUUAUUCUUGGGAGGACAAUCCGAUGCGACGAUUGCUACUCAAUCAGGCUGGCGAAUAGCAAAAUUCGCCCAAACUGAACAAAAACUUAGUGGAGAGAAGAAAGAGCUGGGAUUUUUUUUUCCACGCGGACGAGUGGGAUAUUUAAUAUUACCCCCUAAAAAAUAUCAGCACGGCUCAUUAAAGGAGUUUAUCCGAGCCUGAUGGCGCAGAGGUACGACGAGCUGGCCCACUACGGGGGCAUGGACGGCGUAUCGGCGUCCAUGUACGGGGACCCGCACGCACCCCGGCCGCUCCCGCAGGUCCACCACCUCAACCACGGACCGCCGCUGCACGCCAGCCAGCACUACGGAGCCCACGCUCCCCACCCCAACGUCAUGCCCACCAGCAUGGGCUCGGCCGUCAACGACGUCCUAAAGAGGGAUAAGGACCAGAUUUAUGGGCAUCCCCUCUUUCCGCUGCUCGCUCUGGUCUUCGAGAAGUGCGAACUGGCGACGUGCACGCCGAGGGAACCCGGAGUGGCCGGGGGAGACGUGUGCUCCUCGGACUCUUUCAAUGAGGACAUCGCGGUGUUCGCCAAACAGGUCCGAGCGGAAAAACCUUUAUUUUCAUCAAAUCCAGAGUUGGACAAUUUGAUGAUACAAGCCAUACAAGUAUUACGGUUUCAUCUCUUGGAAUUAGAAAAGGUGCACGAGCUUUGCGACAAUUUCUGCCAUCGGUACAUCAGCUGUUUAAAAGGAAAAAUGCCAAUAGAUUUAGUGAUCGACGAGCGGGAUGGAAGUUCCAAAUCGGACCAUGAAGAACUGUCAGGCUCGUCGACAAACCUCGCGGAUCAUAAUCCGUCGUCCUGGAGAGACCAUGACGAUGCCACGUCCACGCACUCGGCAGGCACGCCGGGGCCGUCCAGCGGUGGUCAUGCAUCGCAGAGUGGCGACAACAGCAGCGAACAAGGCUUUAUUUUCCGCCCAGGAGAUGGUUUAGACAACAGCGUGGCAUCGCCCGGCACAGGGGACGACGACGACCCAGACAAGGACAAGAAGAGGCAGAAGAAACGCGGCAUUUUCCCCAAGGUGGCAACCAACAUCAUGAGGGCGUGGCUGUUCCAGCAUCUCACUCACCCGUACCCGUCUGAAGAGCAGAAGAAGCAGCUAGCCCAAGAUACGGGACUCACCAUCUUACAAGUAAACAACUGGUUCAUUAAUGCCAGGAGAAGAAUAGUACAGCCCAUGAUUGACCAGUCGAAUCGAGCAGGUUUUCUUCUUGAUCCUUCAGUGAGCCAAGGAGCAGCGUACAGUCCCGAGGGCCAGCCCAUGGGCAGCUUCGUGCUGGACGGGCAGCAGCACAUGGGGAUCCGGCCGGGUGGGCCUAUGAGUGGAAUGGGGAUGAAUAUGGGCAUGGAUGGGCAAUGGCACUACAUGUAACCUCCAUCUUGUAAAGCAAAAACGCAAAGAAAAAGGGGGAAGUCUGCCAGGCGUGCCGGUCGACUACGUACCUCAGAGCGGUCCUAUGGGCGUGAGCAUGGCCCCUUUCAGCAACCCCCAUCAGAUGACCUCCUACCCAGACCAGCUGCGUCACGUGGCCCCUCCUCAACACUUGUACCCCCACCACCCUCACCACCACGCCAUGCUGAUGCACGGAGGACCCACCUCGCCCCACCCGGGGAUGUCUGCGCAGAGACCCCCCUUGCUCACGCCCAUGGACCCCGCCACUGCAGGAGCGGGCCUGGACAUCCACGCCUGACAGUCAGAAGGGAAACUUUUUUCGGCGUCCGCCGCAGCCACUUUUUGAAUAAAAGAGAGAAAAAAAAAGCCGUGGCGCCAUUUUUUCAGACUUCUUUUUUAAGAGUAACAAUCGAAAAAGCCUUUGGAGCAGAACUGAAGAAUUCCAGACAAAACUGUGAUAACCACAACUCUUUUUUUGUUUAUUUGUUUUCUAACGUUUGUUACAUUUUCACCCGAGCGGAGGACCAAGUUGACUUUGUAAAGUCUUGGGCUUUAAAAAAAUGACUCAAAACACUCACAGAAAGGAACAUCACUCUGGAAGACUUUAAAAAGGAAAAAACAAACUCCAAGAGUUAUAACUACUGUAGUAUAAUUAAAAAGUAUAUAGGUAAAUAAGUUAAAACUUGUUGUUUUUUGGAUCACUUUUUAAGUUUUUAGGAUUAAACCCUUUUCGGAGGACUCACAGCACUACGUCAACAAAGAAGAUGGAACAUCUCAAAAGGCUUCAACAGGGGCCACCAGGUCCUAAACACCCCCCUCAAGGCAUGAUGGGAAAAGGCUGCUAGAUGACACCCUUGAAGAUUUGUCAUGCUCACCCCCUUUUUUUUUAAACUCUAAAGGCUCUUGAAUGAAUGUUUUUUAAAGGAAAACAAACAUUGUUUAAAAUUGCCCAAGCACUGGAUUGUGUUGUUUUAUUAUUUUUGUUUUUUUAAUACUUUUUUUUUUCUACUUCGGGACUCUCAUUCUUGACGAGCCGAGCGAAGGAAGAAGCUCCACGGUGUAGGGGGAAGAAAAGCAAUCACACACCAACACACGGACACAUAUGUUGAUUGUGCAGCACUGGAGAAGCUACCGAUGCAACCCCUGAUAAAACAAAAUGAAAAAAAAAAAACACUUAAAUUAUGAACUGAAUGCUUUUUGGGGGGGCUUCACAACACACAUACUUAAAAAAAAAGAAUAAAAGAAAAGCUGAGAGACUAUUGUAACAAACUUCGUACAGAGUUCAAGUCUAUUAAUUGUUUCCUGUUAGAUAUUCUAUGUGUUUACCUCAAUUGAAAAAGAAUGUUUUUUGCUAGUUUCAGAUCUGCUGUGGCAUUGAUAUUGUAUAUGUCCAUGAAUUCCUUCCUCUUCUGUUGGUUUAUUUUGUUUGUUUUUGUUUUGUUUGUUUUCUCAGCACGUGUUUCUCGCUAGAAGAGAAGAUGCCGUCUCCCUUAAAAGCUUUGUCAAAAAUGGAAAAAAAACAAAAACAAACAAAACAUAACGAAAAAAAUGAAAAACUUCACAAAAAAAUACCUGUAUGAGGACUGUGACGUAUUGUUUUAAAAGGUGUUCAGUCACAAAAUGCUGUAAUAAAUAUUUCAUUUUUGA